AUGGCUUCUGCUGCGCUCUCGGUCCCAGAGGCGGCGGCGGCGGCGGCGGCGGUCCAGCCCAAGAAGAAGAGCAAUUUCAAGUACGCCUGCACCUGCGCCCUCUCCGCUUCCAUGGCCACCGUCGUCCUCGGCUACGACGUCGGGGUGAUGAGCGGCGCGUCGCUCUACAUCAAGGAGGACCUGCGCCUGACGGACGUGCAGGUGGAGAUCAUGAUGGGCAUCCUCAGCGUCUACGCGCUCCUCGGCUCCUUCGCCGGCGCCAGGACCUCCGACUGGAUCGGCCGCCGCUACACCGUCAUCAUCGCCGCCGCCAUCUUCUUCGCCGGCUCCCUGCUCAUGGGCUUCGCCGUCAACUACGUCAUGUUCAUGUUCGGCCGCUUCGUCUGCGGCAUGGGCGUCGGCUUCGCCAUCAUGGUCGCGCCCGUCUACACCGCCGAGGUCGCCCCGGCCUCCACCCGCGGCCUGCUCACCUCCUUCACCGAGGUCUUCAUCAACGUCGGCAUCCUCCUCGGCUACGUCUCCAACUUCGCCUUCGCGCGCCUCCCGCACCACAUCAACUGGCGCAUCAUGCUCGGCGUCGGCGCCGUCCCCUCGGCCUUGCUCGCGCUCAUGGUGCUCGGCAUGCCAGAGUCGCCCCGGUGGCUCGUCAUGAAGGGCCGCCUCGCGGAUGCCAGGGUCGUGCUUGGGAAGACCUCUGACACGCCAGAGGAGGCCGUGGAGCGCCUUGACCAGAUCAAGGCUGCCGCCGGCAUCCCCCACGACCUUGACGGCGACGUGGUCGCCGUGCCCAAGAGAAAAGGCGGCAACGAGAAGCAGGUGUGGAAGGAGCUCAUCUUUUCGCCCACCCCGGUCAUGCGCCGCAUACUGCUCGCCGCGCUCGGCGUCCAUUUCUUCCAGCAGGCCACCGGCUCCGACUCGGUCGUGCUCUACAGCCCACGCGUGUUCAAGAGCGCCGGCAUCACCGGCGACAACCACCUGCUCGGCGUCACCUGCGCCAUGGGGGUCACCAAGACCCUCUUCAUCCUCUUGGCCACCUUCCAAAUCGAUCGUGUCGGCCGGCGGCCGCUGCUGCUCACCAGCACCGCCGGCAUGCUCGUCUGUCUCAUCGGCCUUGGCACGGGCCUCACCGUCGUGGGCCAGCACCCGGACGAGAAGAUCACGUGGGCGAUCGGCCUCUGCAUCGCCUCCACCUUGGCCUACGUGUCCUUCUUUUCCAUGGGCCUCGGCCCCAUCACCAGCGUCUACGUCUCGGAGGUCUUCCCGCUGCGGGUGCGCGCGCUCGGCUUCGCGCUCGGCGUGGCGUGCAACCGCGUCACGAGCGCCGCCAUCUCCAUGACCUUCCUCUCAUUGUCCAAGGCCAUCACCAUCGGCGGCAGCUUCUUCCUCUACGCCGGCCUCGCCGCGCUCGGCUGGCUUUUCUUCUACGCCUUCGUCCCGGAGACGCGCGGGCAGCCGCUCGAGGACAUAGGCAAGCUUUUCGGCAUGAAGGACGCCGCCGUCGAAGACGACGACGACACAGCCACCAAAGACAAGCAGGUGAAAGCAGCUGCCGUGGAGAUGAACUAG